UUUCCCUUUCCCUGUUUCAUUCAAUGGAGACACUCCGAAAUCUGCAGGUAACAGAUUGUUUUUGGAAAGAAGAAAUUAGAUAUAAUUCGGUGUGAAAUGUCCGGGUAAAUAUCAGGAUCUUAACACCGGUGCUUAAAGGCUGAAUGUCUCUGCAUUGGGCAGACCUGGAUCAGAAAUGCGGGGGACCAGCAUUGUGCUGGCCAACUAUCAGCCAUACUUCCUGAAGCUCGACACUGGGUUACAGAUGGUUUUCCCAAUCGAUAGCAUUUAGGCUGAUGUGCUAAGAGAGAAGGGGCGCUUUGUGCCUGGUGGUCCUGCCUGCACGAAUACUGUAUCCUUUUGUUAGCAUCAGCUGAGCAUGGGGAAGGCUGGCUGCACAAGUGAAUGCUGCUGACUUUUACUGAGCUAGAGGCAUGCUUCAGCAGCAAAACAAAGGAAGCAAAACUGAAGAAACUGUAGCAUGUUUGCGCGCACAUACCUGACUGGUGCGCCCUUUUGAUUGCAGGAUUUCUUAUUCUGUUGCGAUUUUUACCCAGGAACAGUACUGAAGUCUGGAUGACGAACUACAGUUUUAAAGUUUUUGAGUUCAUCUUUUGACAUUGACGUGCUCAAGUGGAUUGAUUUAAAAAUGUUUUAUUUAUUGAUCUUUGUGAAAUUUAAAGAAAUUACUGCAUUGUAGAGCAGCUGCAGUAUCGGUGGGCAUUAUCAGAUACUUUGCGGAAGUUCUAAAGAUCCCAUAUAUUUAAAUACCAUGGCGGCGGGUAUAUUCCCUAAUGGAUUUGCCCCCCGGGUGGCGAACGAUGCCGAUGUGGUACUACUCUGUAGAAAUCUGGAACUGGGGACAGUCAUGACUUUAUUCUAUUCUAAAAAAUCCCAGAGACCUGAGAGGAAAACGUUUCAGGUCAAGUUAGAGACCCGGCAGAUCAUCUGGAGUCGAGGAUCUGACAAGAUUGAGGGUGCAAUUGAUAUCCGUGAAAUUAAAGAGAUUCGCCAAGGAGGGAACUCCAGAGACUUUGAGCGCUAUCAAGAAGAUGUCACAUUCCGGCCAGAUUUGUCUCACUGUUUCGUUGUUCUUUAUGGGAUGGAGUUUCGUCUGAAAAUGUUAAGUCUUGCAGCCACAUCAGAAGACGAAAUGAAGAUGUGGAUAAAUGGACUGAACUGGCUUGUGUCUGAUACAAUAAAAUCAUCAACUCCAUUACAGAUUGAAAGGUGGCUUCGAAAACAAUUCUACACUCUGGAUCGCAACAGAGAAGACAGGAUUUCAGCAAAAGAUCUGAAGAACAUGUUGUCUCAGGUUAAUUACAGAGUACCAAACAUGAAAUUCCUGCGGGAAAAAUUAAUGGAUGUUGAACUAAGGAAUGGUGAUAUCACGUACAGCCAGUUUGCACAGCUGUAUCGCAGCUUGAUGUUUGAAGCUCAGAAGAUGAUAAAUGCACCAUUUUUGACAAGUGUGAUGAGAAUAUUUGUUGUUAUCCCCUUGGAAGACCGUGGGCCAAGCCGCUAG